AUAAUAUUUCUAAAAAAUUCAAAAUAUCGCCAUCAUGCUGAAACUAAUUAUUAUUACAGCACUUUUUGCAGUUUUAGUUGCUAAUCCCGUAGACAAAGACGAAAACGGGAAAAUUGCCUCAGAAAGCCUUCGUGAACUAUUGGACGAAGCUGACACUGACGAAACAAAUUUCGGUGAAAGAAAUUUUGAGGACUUCGAGGCAGACGAUGAUGAUGAUGAAAGAGAAAGUAAGCAAGACAGUUCUGUAGAAAAUGGAGAAAAUUCUGAAGAAGAACCAGAUGAAACCAAACCUUCAGCAAGAGACUUCUCCGAGGGCGAGGAAAAAGAAGAGCGAGCUUUUGAUAGCUCCCUGGCAUCAUCAAUGUCCCAACUGGAUGAAAUGAUAAGCUCAGCAAAUCAAGGAUUAAAAACCUCAAAACGAAGCAUGGAAGACAUUGAUAUGAUAGAUGGUGAUGUGAAAUUAGACAAAGAAUCUGCAGCCGAACUUGUAGACUUUUACAAAAGAAAUCCCCAAUUCCUAAGACUGAACAACAACGGAUCAGAAGUAUCUGCACCUGAACCAAUUGAUAAACGAAAAGUGUAUAAUGUUCCAAAAUGGACUUUUCCAAUCAAUUACCGAUUGCAAAUUGCUUCUCCAGCACACAAAACUCUGAUAAAGCAAGCAGUAAACAUCUGGCAACAGCAAACCUGCAUUUCAUUCGUUGAAAGAUCGUCAAUUUCUGCACCAGCAAUCAAUUUUAAGGAGAAUGCUGCUGGGUGCUGGUCUUAUGUUGGCAAAAGAAGUUCUGGUAUUAACGAUAUAAAUCUUCAAAAUGGUUGUAAACACUCAGGAAUAAUCCUCCAUGAGAUCGGACAUGCCCUGGGUUUGUGGCACGAGCAAAGCAGACAGGACAGAGAUACCUUUGUCUCGAUAAUAACAAAUAACAUUGCAAGUGGGCGAGAAAACAACUUCUUGAAAAGACCCGGAGUAACCUAUGGAACACCAUACGACUACGCAUCAGUCAUGCACUAUUCUGACACGGCUUUUGCAAAGUCAGCCGGGCUUAAGACAAUUGUUGCCAAGCAGAGCGAUUACACAAGGACAAUGGGACAAAGAGUCGGUUUAUCAUUCAAUGAUAUCAGAGCUAUUAACUACCACUAUUGUCAGAGCAGAUGCUCUGGGGGAUUAACAUGGUCAUCAUGCAAAAAUGGUGGAUACAGAGAUCCCAGAAGUUGUGGACGUUGCAAGUGCCCGGAUGGUUGGAUUGGACGGUAUUGUCAGGCUGUAAAGAACCCUACGACUGCUGGAUGUGGAUACAAGUAUAGAUAUGCCACAUCAUGCUACAGAUUCUUAAAUACACCUGGAUACUUCUUUCCUAGGAGGUACACGACCAAUGCGGAAUGUACUUGGAGAAUUACGGCACCUGCAGGAAAACGUGUUCGAUUCCAGUUCAUUGGGACCUUUGGUAUUACUUGCAACACACGGUGUUUAGACUUUGUAGAGGUUCGUUACAAAAGUCUAUCUAACACGGGACCAAGGUUCUGCUGUGGAACAAGACCCACAAGAAUCUUCACCUCCACCGGCCGAGUGAUGUUGAUUCUAUUUAGGACACACUCCACUUAUGUAUCAAGGGGCUUCUGGGCAAGAUUCAGAUAUGUCUAAGUCAACUUCUGGGACGUGCUUCUUCAUUAAAUAUGAUCAUAAAUAGGUAGAGACCGUCGCCAUUUUCAAAUAGUAUUUCAUAUGUAUCUUUUAUUAUUCAAGAUCUUUUCUAAUAAAAUAAAAUUUAUAUUUACGGAUACCUGAGUAAAGUG